AUGAAAAGGAAAAAAAAAACACAACACCCUGUCCCUCUCUCAUUCUCCUCCCGCCAGACCACCACCAUGGCCGCGGCCGCCGCCGGCGCCUCUACUUCCGGCGCAACUGUGUCCGCAAUCUCUGCCCACGUAGCCGCCGGACGACUCUUCGCCGCCAUAGACACUCUCACCCCUUCCUGUUCCUCCUCCCCGAUACCCUCCUCGCUCUACGCCUCCCUCCUCCGUCUGGCCACCGACCACGGCUCCCUCUCUGCCGCCCGCCGCAUCACGACCCACUUCGCCUCCUCCGCCUUCCAAUUCAACCGCUCAUCAGUCCCCACCUUCCUAUUCAACCGCGCCAUCGAGUCUCUUGCUGCCUGCGGCGGCCUCGCGGACGCGCGGGAGUUGUUUGACUUAAUGCCGCGCCGUGACGGCGGUUCUUGGAAUGCCAUCAUCUACGCUUCCUCCCGCUCCGGGAAACCUACCGAGGCGCUUUCCCUCUUUGCCGAUAUGUACUCCCGUGGCGUUCGCCCCAACGAUGUCACAAUGGCAUCCGUGCUCGCCUGCUGCUCAGAGUGCCUCAACCCGUGUGGUGCCCAGCAGCUCCACGGCCAUAUCUCCAAGCGGGACUUUCAGUCCAAUGUGAUUCUUGGCACGGCGCUGGUUGAUGUGUAUGGGAAGUGUCACUUACUUGCAGAUGCGAGGCAGGCAUUUGAUGGUAUCUCUGAACCUAAUGCCAUUUCGUGGAAUGUCAUCAUCCGCCGGUAUCUUCUUGCUGGGAUGGGGGAUAUGGCAGCUGAAAUGUUCUUUCGGAUGGUCUGGGCAGGAGUUAGGCCGCUUGUUUAUACCGUCUCACAUGCACUUCUUGCUUGCCGGGACAACAAUGCGCUUGAAGAAGGACGGUGCAUGCAUACUUUUGUGCUCCGACAUGGGUACGAGCACCACGAGCAUGUGCGGAGCUCAGUCGUGGAUAUGUAUGCCAAGUGUGGUGCCAUUGAUGCAGCCCAAAGGCUCUUCAACGUGGCACCAGUGAAGGGCGUAAUAAUGUCGACCUCAAUUUUGUCAGGACUGGCUUCUUGUGGGAGGAUUGGUGAUGCAAAGCGAGUGUUCGACGGGAUGCAAGAGCGCAACUUAGUGUCCUGGAAUGCUAUGUUGACUGGUUAUAUCAGGUCCUCGGAUCUGACUGGUGCUUUGCAUUUGUUCCGGCAGAUGAGGAAGGAGACAAAGGAGCUUGAUGAUGUUACACUUGGUUCCGUGCUCAAUGCUUGUACUGGGAUGCUUGAUAUUGGGAAAGGUGAGGAGGUCCAUGCAUUCGCUUUCAAGUGUGGUUUAUUGAGUUACCCUUUCCUAAAGAACACUCUUGUGAGGAUGUAUUCCAAAUGCGGAUGCCUGAGGAGUGCAGAACUGCUUCUUCAAUUCGAGAUGGGAGAGAGAGACAGAUACUCCUGGAAUUCACUUAUCUCAGGCUAUGAGCGCCACUCCAUGAGUGAAGCAGCUCUGCAUGCACUGAGUGAAAUGCAAUCUGAAGUAACUCCUAACCAGUCCACGUUCAGUUCGGCACUGGCAGCCUGUGCCAACAUUUUUCUGCUUAAGCACGGCAUGGAGAUUCAUGCGUACAUGAUCAGAAAUGGCUAUGAGAUUGACGAUAUACUGCAAAGUGCACUGAUUGACAUGUACUGCAAGUGUAGGCUAUUUGAUUAUGGCAUCAGGAUAUUCGAGGCACAGCCAUCUCGUGAUGUCAUCCUGUGGAAUUCGAUGAUCCUUGGCUGUGCUUACAGUGGCAAAGGUGAGUAUGGGCUUGAAUUGUUUGAUGAAAUGCAGGCGCAAGGGAUUAAGGCCGACUCUGUCACUUUCCUCGGUGCACUAGUUUCAUGUAUCAGCGAGGGGCAUGUUGGGUUGGGAAAGAGUUAUUUCACUUUGAUGACUGAGGAAUCCAUCAUUCCUCGCAUGGAGCACUAUGAGUGCAUGAUUGAGCUGCUGGGCAAACAUGGACACAUGGUUGAGCUCGAGGAUUUUGUGGAUCACAUGCCGUUUGAGCCACCAACCACAAUGUGGUUAAGGAUCUUCGACUGCUGCAGGGAAUAUGGAAAUAGGAAAUUAGGGGAGCGGGCUGCCAAGUGCAUCAAUGAUAGCAAUCCCCAGACACCGGUUCGAUAUGAGGCCACUGCGGACUACAUGUGCAGUGAUGGUGGCAGUGCAGAGCCCAUGUCAUUUGGUAACCCGGACGAAGAAUUGAUGUCGCCGCUGUGA